ACAUUGACAAACACCUCCUGAGUGGGCAGACAGACGUCCCCAAUGCGGAACUACAGGUCUGGACGACACUGUGCCUUGCGGGCUAGGAAGCGACCACUUCCCAGUGCAGACUGAGGCACCAGCAGCACCUCAGCCUGGGCAGGAGGACUCAGGCCCCCACCCAUCAUCUGUCAAGCCUCGGAUCUGCAGAGACCCCUGCUAUCCCCCUCCUAGCAGCCCUGAAGCCCCCACAGAUGCUGCCACUGCUGCUGUCCCUGCUAUGGGCCGGGUCCCUGGUUCACAGUAGAAGAUACCAGGUGAGAAUGCAGGAGUCCCUGACGGUGCAGGAGGGCCUGUGUGCCUUUGUGCCCUGCUCCAUCAUCUACUCCUGGCACGACUGGUCUGACUCUGGUCAUGGCUACUGGUACCGGGAAGGGGCCACCUGGGGCCAGGAUGUUCCAGUGGCCACAAGCAACCGAGAUCGAGAGGUGCAGGAGGAGACCAGGGGCCGAUUCCUCCUCCUUGAGGAUCCUGGGAACCACAACUGCUCCCUGGACAUCAGAGACGCCAGGAGGACUGAUGAGGGACUGUACCAUUUCCAGGGGGAGAGAGACUAUGAUGUAUUCAAUCUUCACCGACGGAACAUGCUCUUCGUAAGGGUGACAGCCCUCAACCACAUACCUGACAUCCUGAUCCCAGGGCCCCUGGAGUGUGGCCACCCCAUAAACCUGACCUGCUCUGUGCCCUGGGCCUGUGAGCGGGGCACGCCCCCCCUCUUCUCCUGGACGUCAGCUGCUCACACCUCCCUGGGCCGCAGGACUCAUAACCUGUCCUCUGUGCUCACCCUCACCCCACGGCCCCAGGACCACGGCACCAACCUCACCUGUCGGGUGCAGUUCCCUGCAGUGGGUGUGACUGUGGAGAGAACCAUCCAGCUCAAUGUCACCUGUGCCCCCCAGAGCCCAGCAAUCAGUAUCAGCCCAGGAGACAGCCCAGGUAAGAAGGAGCCCGUCAUGGGCUGCAGGGACCAUGGCCUCUUCCAAGUCAGGGCAGGGCCAGUGGCUCCAUCACUCUGGACUCCCCUCAGUGACCAGACGCCCCCUUGUGGGUGAACCCAGUGUCCCUCUAUUCCUCCUCCCUCAUGGCCACUGUGAGUGGCUGUCCCAUUGGCCCGCACGUUCUGAGGACUCUCCCGGCCCCUGUCAGCUGCACCAGGAGAACAAGGCACCACCCACAUGCAGAGCAGCCCCUCGGGGCCCCUGACCUUCCUUCUCCUGAUGAGUCAGCCAGGCUCAAGCUUUAAUUCCCCUCUAAUAGUUUAAUUUAUAUAUUUUAAAUUUCUACGUUUUUAUUUUUAUUGAAUUUAUUGGAGUGAUAUUGGUUAAUAAUAUUAUAGGGGCUCAGGUGGACAAUUCUAUAACACAUCUUUUGUAUACAGUAUUUACUGACACCCCAUUGUGUGGAUGUAUCACAUUCAGCUCAUCCAUUCAUUAGUAGGGAGACAUUUGGGCGUUUCCAUUUUUGACAGUGAGAGCACUGCUGUGAAUAUUGGUUAAGCUUUUUUUUUUUGUUGGAACAUAUGUUUCUUGGGGCAUAUGCCUGGGAGUGGAAUUGCUGGGUCACAUGGUAGUGUCUGUGUGUCACUUUUAGAAGAAACUGCAGACUGAUCUCCAUGGUGGCAGCUUCAUUUCAGGUUCCCAAAGGCCUUCCAAUUUCUCCACACAUUUACCUGCACUGUUAUUGUCCUUGAAAAAUAUUACAGGUCACUACAGGGGGUGAAGGGCCACUGCAGCGUACCUUUGAUUUGCAUCUGUGUGUAAUAAUAAUGAAGCCAUUUAUUUUCUUGUGGAGUUACUGUCCAUUUGUAUUCAUCUUUGAAGAAAUUAAAAAAAAAUCUCUUGCUCAUAUUUUACAAGAUUUCAGUUACUUAUUUUUAGAGAGAGGACAAAGGAGAAAGAAAGAGAGGGAGAGAAACAUCAAUGUGUGAUGGACUGUCAUGUGGCCCCCACUGGGGACCUGGCUCACAACCCAGGCGUGUGCCCUGACUGGGGAUCGAAAUGGUGACCCUUUGGUCUGCAGCCUGCGCUCAGUCCACUGAGCUACACCAGCCAGGGCAUUUUUGCCCAUUUUUUAACUGGGUUGUUUGACUUUUUGGGUUGUUGAGUUGUAAGAAUGUUUUUUGACCAUAGAGGCAUGGGUUUAUUUCUGAGCUCUCCAUUCUGUUGCAUUGAUCUCUGUGUCUGUUCUUAUGCCAGUACCAGACUGUUUUGAUUACUGUGGCCUUGCAGUAUAAUUUGAUGUCAGGUAUUGUGAUCCCUCCUACUUAUUCUUCUUUCUCAGAAUUGCUGCAGCUAUUUAGGGUCAUUUAUGGUUCCAUAUAAAUUUUUGAAAUGUUUGUUCUAUACCUGUGAAAUACAUCAUGGGUAUUUUAACAGGGAUUGCAUUGAAUCUAUAAAUUGCUUUGGGUAGUAUGGACAUUGUGAUGAUGUUAAGUCUUCCAAUCCAUGAACACUGUAUGUGCUUCCAUUUUUGUGUGUGUUCCUUAAUUUCUUUCUUCAGUGUUGUGUAGUUUUCUGA